AUGGCUGCACGAAAAGAAAACCCUGAGCUUAUUGCGUGUCAAGCACCCAAUGGUCGAAUCACGCGAGCUCAAGCCGCUGCAAAUCGUCGAAGCUUUGGAGCCCUCCCUUCUGUUCCACUGCCUGCAAAAACUGAACGAAAACAGACUACACAAGGGAAGACGAAAAGGGGAUCUUCAUAUGACAACACUAGUGCAAGUACUGCAAUUUCUGGCCCCCAGCCUAAGAGGCGCACAGUACUCAGGGAUGUGACCAAUUUGCGUAAUGCUAACUCUAACAAAACUUUUGCUGCUGCACCAAAGGUUCAGACAAGGCCCUCCCUAAGGACUGGAAGAACCGUGAGCAAAGGCAAGCAGUGCACAAAAAGGAUUCCUAAAAUACCCCCACCAGCUGGUAAUGGAGGUUCAUUCGCCAAUGAUUCGAACAUUGCUGAAGAAACGCAAGAGGAGAAACUUUUGGCACAGAAAGAAGAACCUAUUCUUUUGCUUGAGAACAGGGGCUCACUGUCAUUGCAGAAUGUUGAAAGGAACAGGGACAGUGCUUGUCAUGAGGCAUUCUUUAAGGAAAGAAAUGUCAGGGAUAUAUGUGAACCUUCUGUGUCAAAGAAUGGGGACUCUUCUGUGUUAGACAUUGUAGAUAUCGACAAAGAUAAUGGCAAUCCUCAAAUGUGUGCUUCCUACGUUGUAGAGAUAUACUCAAACCUUAUGGCUUCAGAGCUUAUGAGAAGACCCAGUCCGAAUUACAUGGAGGGUUUGCAACGGGACAUCACUAAGGGCAUGAGAGGAAUACUCAUUGAUUGGCUUGUGGAGGUUUCUGAAGAAUACAAGCUUGUUCCAGACACGCUGUACCUAACUGUAUAUCUUAUUGACCGGUUUCUUUCUCGGAACUACAUUGAAAGACAGAGACUACAACUUCUGGGAAUAACAAGCAUGCUUGUUGCCUCAAAGUAUGAAGAGAUAUGUGCUCCUCGAGUUGAAGAGUUCUGUUUCAUAACCGACAAUACAUACACAAAGGCAGAGGUGCUGAAAAUGGAGUGCCAAGUGCUGAAUGACCUGGGAUUUCAUCUUUCUGUUCCAACAACAAAAACAUUUCUCAGGAGAUUCCUUAGAGCGGGACAAGCAUCUCGUAAAACUCCUUCUAUGACCUUGGGAUUUCUGGCAAAUUAUCUUGCCGAGUUGACUUUGACCGAUUAUGAGUUCUUGAAAUUUCUUCCAUCAUUGGUGGCAGCAUCGGCUGUGUUUCUUGCUAGAUGGACGCUUGACCAAUCCGACCAACCAUGGAACCAAACUCUAGAGCACUACACCUCUUACAAAUGCUCUGACAUUCAAUUAUGUGUCUGUGCUCUACGGGAACUCCAGCAUAACACCAGUAACUGUCCUCUUAACGCCAUCCGUGAAAAGUACAGACAUCAAAAGUUUGAUUGCGUAGCAAACCUAACUUCACCGGAGCUCCCUCGGUCGCUCUUCAGCUGA